AGAACCCUGCCAUUCCCAAACCACAGCAAACAGGAGGAGAGGAAACCCUGUGUUUUUGUGUGAAGGGAGAGAGAGAGAGAGAGAGAGAGAGGGAGGAAUCACAAAGAAACAUCCUUCCUGGAGACUCCACACCUCCUCAGUGGCUGAUAGGGGCUUUACAUUUCACAGUGUGCUCAAGAGUGUGCUCACCGGGGUGAACGUUUUGUUUCCAGCCCAUCUCCUCACAGCUGAGCAGUCGACCGGCAGACAGACUGAAGCCAUGUCCAGCUCAAUCCUGAGAAGAAAUUCCAGCAAACAAGGAUUACAGAAUCUCCAGAGGAUAACGGCCCAGAGGAGUGUUGAGGAUGCAGAGGAGAUUGAACGCGAGCGGAGACGAAGGGCCAGGCAGAGGUUUGGGGCCCAGAAUGGCUCAGCAGGGUCUGGGGAGACCCAGCACAGCGGUGGAUAUACACUGGAGGACGACGUCUCUGAGAGUGACUUCAAGCCCUCUCACCAGUCAGCCAUGGAGGAGGACGAGGGCUUCAGCGACUGGACCCAGAGGCUGGAGAAGCGUCGACAGAAGCGCAUGGAGGAGCACGCUAGUUCGACGGAGGAGGACAGAACGGUACCGGCGCCACCCAGACAGAACAGCACCACCAGACACACCAGCACGAGCGUUUCCAUCCUGAAGUCCACCACACACAGACCACUGCAGAACGGAGCAGGAGGAGGGCCACAGGAGGAGGAGGGCUGGAGCUGGAGAAGACACAAGGAGCAGGAGGACACGGGUCACAGAGACUGGGAGGGAGAGGAGGACAUCAGGAAAACAGGAGCAAAGGCCAAGGCAGACAAAAAGCCGCUGAUAAUUUCAUACACGUCCAAGCUGGUCCUGCAGCACGAUGUGAGGUACAUGAACGGCAAUGGAGUGACAGACGGAGGGGAUGUGACAUCACACAUGACCACAUCCAAGAUCAUACCAGGGGCUGAGAGUCUUGCAGAGGAUGAUGAGGCAUUUGAGGCUGCCCAGGAGCGGGAGGCCAAACUGCAGAGCAUCCGACUAAGCCACCAGCAGAAGGAGCAGCAGGAAUUAGACGAGCUGAGGCAGAAGGGCAUGGAUGCCCAGCAGGAGCUCGAGGAUCUCAACAUGAGGAGAGAGGAGCGCCGGCGCGCCCGCGAGGAGGAGGAAAGACGGCGGGAAGAAGAAGAGCAGCUGCGCAAAGCCAGAGAGGAGGAGGAGAGGCAGAGGAUGCGAGAGGAGAUCGAGCGGAGGAGGAUGGAGGCCACGGAGAGGAGGAUGAAACGCCUGAGCACCUCCAGCGCCGAGGAGGAGCCCUUCAGUCCCCUCAGUCCGAGGAGCCCAUCUUUUAAGAAGCUUCUCAUUCAGUUCUAUCCAAAUGAGAAUGAAGAGAGGGUGACUGCAGAAAGCACAUGCUCGAUUACAGAGAGAACAGAGUCUUUGAAAUGCUCGCUUAAGAAAAGCAACAGCCUGAAGAGCGCUCAACCUCCUGUACCAAUUGCCAAGAUUGACGACAGACUGGAACAGUACAAUCAGGCCAUUGAGAUUUCCUCAAAGGAAGCCAAAGCAGCCAAGCAAGCUUUGAUGGAGAUCCCCAGCCCCCCUGAGCCCGUGGCCUCAAAGAAGAGCCUGUUUGAAGCAGGAGAUGCCUGGAACCAGAAUGCCUCAAAGACCACUCCAUCCAAAGAUGCAGAGGAGUUGAAGGUGGGUGUGGCUGACCUUAUCACCAAAUGGGCACAGGGCAGCUCAGACGGGAGUGUGAAGACCUCGCCCUCGAAGGCAGCGGAAGUGAAGCCUGGUGAUGUAUUAAACAAGAAGAACCUCUGGGAAAAUCUAGGAGACUCACCUGGAAACUCUGGACCCGGAGCAAAAGGCACUCCUUGUGGCAAGAAGUAUAAAUUUGUCAAGACCCGGCAUGGAAAAUAUGAAAAGAUUGCAGUUGAUGAUGAAUACACAUUUGAGAAAUCAGGUGAAGACUUAUGAAAGACCAGCUGAGAAGCAGAUUCAGAGCAUUCAGAGACAUUGUGACAAUUCUCUCACAUUCACCUAGGAUAUUAGACAUUAGAUCCCCCUUUUUCAACAUGUAAUAUUUUCCAUGGUCAUUCGUUAUCAUUUCAGUAUUUCCUAUGUACCCUAUGAUAAUGCCAAUCUAUUCUAUCCUUUAAAUAUGUUUUGCUUUGUUGUCAAUAUAUUUGUUUUGUAUUUAUGAUUACCGUGUUAUCAUUUUUUUUUGUUAUUGACCCAGUUCCAAUUUCAGUAAUUCCAUAUGUUAUUAAAACACUGAAGAGACUGUUGUUGUUUUAAGUCCCGCAGUUUCUUCAGAAAUAGGUAUAGAAACAGAAUCAGGAGCAAUAAACUGGGAAUAAGCAUGGAUUGUUCUUCAGUACGUACUUGUCUGUCUGAAUGCCUGCAAUGUUUUAUUAAUGUGAAUCGACUGCUAGCUGCGUUUAUUUUCUAUUCAUUUUGCACUGCAUGUGGCUUUCAGGAACAUAGACUGAGGUUCUGUCACAAUGAUAAAGACUUGCUUUGACUGCCUAAGCAUUUUUAAUGUGUCAAACAUUCAAAACCACCUUCAAGAUAUACAAAACAUUGUAGUGAAGUGGUUUUAAAUAACAGAGUGGAGAAAGUAUGCUAGAGCUAAGAAAUAAGUCAUCAUCAUGAAAGCCAAGUGAAAUUAACCUUGUGUAUUUAUAGAGGGUUUUUACUUGGCUAAAUAAAUAUGUAGUCCUAUUAUUAAGUUUACACAGGCUGGCAUUGCUAAACAUAAUUGACCCUACUUGUUGAUCAUUGUAUUACAGACAUUCAUUUCCUUUUCUUUUUUCGUUUUCAUAUAAAGCUAGAAGAUGCUGGAAAAAAGUUGUGGAUUGGGAUCAAUGAUGAAAAUAGCACAUAGAUGAUGUUUAAUACAAUUUGCUUAUUGUUUUUCUUUCCUGUGAAAGUUACAAGUGUGGAUGAACAAUUGCAUAUGUAUAAUAUGUAUACUUUCAGUCAGUCCCCUUUUUCACCCAAGCACUAGGCAUAAAACAUGACAGGGCAAUAAGGACCCUGUCAUUUCUGACCUAAUUUUAACUUGAUCCUUAGAGAGCAGCAUAAGUAACUAGCACUAGUAAAAUUACCUAACAAUAGUAUUAAUCUUACCAGUAUAGAUUUCAAGGUUCACUUGAAACACUUAAAGAACUCCAAAAUACUUGUGUUUGAUCAGUUAGUGGGCUUGGUAAGUACUCAAAGUUGAGGAGCAGCUCAACUUUGUAGGCCUCACCAGAGAGUGCUGGCAUAAUGUCAGGUUGCAGGACUCAUUCUGCAUUUGGCAUUAACUACAACAGCAGAUGUUUCUGACCACAAAUGAUAAAACAUCAACCAUUACAUAUACUGUACUGUAUCAUGAGUGUGUUGAUGAUUUGAAAUGUGAGGUGUUCAGCCAGUGUCUUCCAAAGCCUCCACGGAAGGAUUACAUUUGAAAAUGAGUUUAACACACAACCAGACACAAGACCCAGACGGACACAUGAGUAGAGGUCAUCCAUUUAAGGCACUGGAUAUAUGGGGCACCACUACCAUACAUGCUUGAGAGGGGGCAGUAUAAUAAUAGUGGCCAUAAACAACAAACAACAACUUGCACAAUUCCUUUGCGAAGAAAUUGAUCGUACAAAGUACAGAAUUUGAAAGUAUAAGUUGACUAAUCUCUUUGGUACAUUGAUUUAUGUAUGAGGCCAUCAAAUAAGGGAUGGAAAAAGAUCACGUUCUCAUAUGACUUACCAGGGCUUGAUGAUGGAUGACGACGACCCUUGAUCCGUCUGUUGGAGAGAGAUUACACUGGUUUAAGGGUUUUAAAUGUAGGGUGCUAAGACUCCCAAAGUUCUUACUAUUACUCAUAUCAUUGUAUUGACAAUAAUGAAUUACAUAUUACUGCUGUAGAAAUAAAGUGCUUGAUAGCA